CUUCCGUAUAUCUGGGACCGCCGUAUUAUGUCGUAUGACAGAAGAAACCAUUAUUGCUUGCAUUCAAAUAGUUUACAGGUGAAACAAACAAACAUUACUGCCCUUCACAUCUUACUCCUAAGAAUCAUUUGCUUUUGUUGAAAGUCAAGUAAACUAUAUUUAUUAUAAUAUAAUUUUGCGUAAUUUUAACACGCGGAGAUUCUAUAUAUUGGGGUUAGUACCCAUUAUACAUGGCAAUGUUAGCUGCAACAUCUGCUAUUGAUUUUGUAAAAGUUGUGCCUGUAACGCCCUACAUUGGCCUCAGGCGCAGACAUUUUUGUGGGAGAAGUGGGUUUCGAUCCGUGGUCGCUACAAUGACAGGGGCUUUGGAUAUCUGUGCUAAGGCUGCGGUUGGUGCACCGGAUAAACUUGGGGACUGCCCAUUUACGCAGAGGGUCUUGCUGACUUUGGAGGAAAAGCAUAUCCCAUACAACACGAAGUUGAUAAACCUCAGUGAUAAGCCUGACUGGUUCUUACAAAUUAGUCCCGAAGGAAAAGUUCCUCUCAUUAAGAUUGACGACAAGUGGAUUCCAGAUUCUGAUGUUAUCACCCAGAUAUUGGAGGAGAAAUAUCCCGAGCCAUCUCUGGCAACUCCGCCUGAGAAGGCAUCAGUAGGGUCGAAGAUUUUCCCAACAUUCAUUGGCUUCUUGAAAAGUCGUGAUCCUAAUGAUGGCAAAGAGCAAGCCUUAUUGGAUGAGUUGCGUGCCUUGGAUGAAUACCUGAAAGCUAAUGGUCCAUUUAUUGACGGGGAGAGAGUUUCUGCGGUGGACCUGAGUCUUGCUCCAAAGUUAUACCAUUUGAAGAUUGUUUUGGGUCACUUCAAAAAGUGGUCUAUUCCGGAAGAGUUUUCUUAUGUUCACAACUACAUAAAGGCUCUUUUCUCUCGAGAAUCAUUUCUUCAUACACAGGCUGCCGAGGAAUAUGUUAUUGCAGGCUGGGCGCCAAAAGUUAAUGCUUAAGCUAAGGGGGAGCAGCAGAGCAAGCUGUGAUGUUUAUGAUGUUUUGGAAGUGGAGUUAACACGUAACCUUAUAUGGUACAGUAUCGUGUAAUAAUGUGUUUUGUUUGUUCUAUUAAUAUUAGGUUGAAGUGAAAGAAACAGGUUUCUGAAACAAGUUUCGUAUCUUCAUUGCUACACCUGGUGUAGAUGUCAACGUUGUUAUCUGUAAACAAACACGAUAUAAAUUAAUAUCUAUUACUAGUUUGUGA